CUGAAGCUCUUCUCACAGAGAGAGGGACACAGCAGACAGCAGACACCAUGAAGCCCCCCUCAGCCCAUGCCCGCAGAGGGUGCAUCCCCUGGAACGGGCUCCUGCUGGCAGUCUCACUCGUAACCUUCUGGAACCUGCCCACCACUGUGCAACUCACUAUUGAAUCGGUGCCCUUCAACGCUGCAGAAGGGACGGAUGUUCUUCUACUGGUCCACAAUGUGACAGGGGAUCUUCUAGGCUACAGUUGGUACAGAGGAGAAAGGGUAGAGAACAACCAACUAAUUGCAACAUUUAGAAUAGACGUUAGUACAAAUGUCACUGGGCCUGCACACAGCGGUCGAGAGACAAUAUACCCCAAUGGAUCCCUGCUGUUCCAGACCGUCACCCAGGACGACACAGGAUACUACACCCUGCUGGCCACAAGGAAUGAUUUACAGACUGAAAGACUAGCUGGACAACUCCGCGUAUACCCGGUGUUACCCAAACCCGUCAUCACCAGCAACAACUCCAACCCCAAGGAGCUGGAGGACACUGUAGUGUUAACAUGUGGCCCUGAGACUCCGAACACCUCCCACGUGUGGUGGAUCAACAAUCAGAGCCUCCCCAACAGCACCAGGCUGGAACUGUCUGAGGACAACAGGACUCUCACUUUAUUCCAUGUCACAAGGAAUGACACAGGACCCUAUAUGUGUGAAACUCGGAACCCAGUGAGUGUCAGCCGCAGUGACCCAUUCACCCUGAAUGUCAUCUACCCAGUGGCACAGCCCUCCAUCGAAGCCAGCAACACCACAGUCACAGAACAUGAGAAUACCGUGGUCCUGACCUGCCGCACAAAUGACACUGGGAUCUCCAUAUGCUGGUUCUUCAAUGGCCAGAGGCUACUGCUCACAGAGAGGAUGAAGCUGUCCCCAGACAACAGCACCCUCACCAUCAACCCCGUCAGAAGGGAGGAUGCCGGGGAUUAUCAGUGUGAGGUCUCCAACCCGGGCAAUUCGAGGAAAAGUGACCCCCUCAGGCUGGAUGUGAAAUUUGAUUCAACACAAGGAAGUUCUUCUGGCCUCUCAGGUGGUGCUAUUGCCGGCAUCGUGAUUGCAGUCCUGGCUGGGAUAGCUCUGACAAAAGCCUUGGUGUAUUUUCUGUACCUCAGAAAAACUGCAGGGGCAAGUGACCAGCGAGACCUCAUGGAGCACAAAUCCUCAGACCACAACCAGAGUGAGGGCCACUCUGACAAUUCACCUAACAAGAUUGACGAAGUUGCAUAUUCUGCCCUGAACUUCAAUGCCCAGGAAUCAAAGAAACCAACUUCAGCCUCCCCAUCAGCCACAGAAACAGUUUAUUCAGAAGUGAAAAAUAAGUAAUGCAACCAGUCGUGCUCGCUGCACUUAUUCCAAGCUUCUCAUCCCCAUCCCUAGGAGAUCCCUUUGCCCUCCGGGGAAAAUGGGAAGUGUGUCUUCCCCCCCCACCUUUUCAUCCCUAAUGAGGCACAUCCUGGCUGCCGGGUCACAGCCCCUUCCUUCAGUGUCAGUAGAUGAAAAGGUACAUCCAGGAGGAGGUCUGGAGGAAACCCAACCUUCCUUGUCAUUGAACUUUGGCAAAGCAGACCUUGGGAGAGAGUUGCCAGAACGUCCACGCCUCCCCAUUUCCUGACCUAAACUGGUUUUAAACUUGCCUAUUCAGAGCACACUCAUUCCUUCCCACCCCAGUCCUUUCACAUUGGAGUUUAACUUGAAUUUGCCAUAACCUGGAAAAUUAUGUCCUUGAUCCACUGAAACGCAUGUGCCAGAAAAGGAGAGGAAAAGGAAAAACUUCUGCUCUCUGAAGCCCGGUGUGAAC